UAGACCUAAGAUUAGUAGUCUUCCUUAGUAAUUCACCAUGGAAGAUAGUAAAGUAUUUACUGGACUGGUGGAAAACCAACCUCUGGAUCUUGAUCAACGUGAGGCCGACCUGGAUAUGUAUUAUCCUGAUUUAGAAGAUCUUCAACUUUUAGCAAGUGAAGAUAUGCUUGAAACUGUCGGAGAACAUAUUCAAGAGAAUCUUGAGGAUGACCUUGUCAAAGAGGCUUUGGAAAAAGGUGUAGAUCUUCGAGAGUAUGCGAAGAAUAUUGAGAAAGACUUGACAAAAGUGGAAAAGGAUUCGAUACAGGAUUAUAUAAGGGAAAGUAAAAGAGUUGCUGACCUCCAUAAACGAAUCGGCUCUUGUGAGUCUGUUUUGGAAAGAAUGGAGGGCAUGUUACAUGGUUUUCAACAUGCAUUAAGCAGUAUAAGCUCUGAAAUUCAAUCAUUGCAGGAACAAUCCAUCACCAUGAAUAUGAAGCUCAAAAACAGGCAAUCUGUGAAAAGCGAGUUGAGUCAACUUGUUGAUGAAAUGGUUGUUCCUGAAGCAAUGAUCACAGCAAUAUUGGAAAUUCCUGUCACAGAAAGAGAAUUUUUAGAGCAAUUACAUGAACUCAAUCAUAAAAUCAAAUUUUUAAAACAACAUUCGUUCAACGAUACCUUGGCAUGUCGUGAUGUUAGUGACACAGUACAAAAACUUAAAUUCAAAGCUGUUGCUAAAAUUCGUGAAUAUUUGCUUCAAAAAGUUUAUUCAUUUCGUAAGCCUAUGAGUAACUAUGAAGUACCGCAAAAUGCAAUGUUGAAAUCAAGGUUUUAUUAUGAGUUUUUGUUAUCCAAUGAAAGAGCCAUUGCGAAAGAGGUACAAGAGGAAUAUGUUGAUACUAUGAGCAAAGUUUAUUUCUCAUAUUUUAAAACCUAUGUUUCUCGAUUAAUGAAAGUGCAAUAUGAUGAAGUAGCUGAUAAAGAUGAUCUAAUAGCAAUCGAAGACACUGCACGUCGUGGAUUUUUCUCCUCAAAAAUGCCACUAAAAAAUCGAGCUACUAUAUUUACAUUGGGUGGAAGAGGAAGCAUUUUGACUACUGAUUUAGAAUCUGCAGUCAUAGUACCUCAUGCAGCCCAAAGAAUUGACAAAAGAUAUCCGUUUGAAAGUUUAUUUCGGAGUGAACAUUAUGCAUUCAUGGAUAACUGCUGUCGUGAAUAUCUUUUUCUAUGUGAUUUUUUUCUCGUCACCAAGGCAAGCGCACAAGAAAUGUUCAACAGCGUUAUGGGAAAGACGAUUUCAAUGUUGAUGAAACAUGUUGCGUCGUAUACAAAUGAUAGUUUUGAUUCCAUUGCACUUUUCCUCUGCAUUCACAUCGUUGAUAGAUAUAGGAAAAUUAUGCAAAAAAGGGAUAUUUUUGCUCUGAACCGAUACUGGGACACUGUUCAGGAUAUUUUAUGGCCGAGGUUUGAACAUAUUGUCAAACUUAAUACUCAAAGCAUCAAAACUUGUGAUGUUAAUUCCUUGGCAUCUAUUGACGUUCGUCCUCAUUACAUCACUCGCAGAUAUGCUGAGUUUAGUGCAGCAAUUGUGGGAAUCAAUGAAACGUCUCCAAAUACUCUUGUCGACCAAGUUCUUGAGGAGAUGCAGUCAGAAGUUCAAAACUUUAUUCUUCGGAUGGCAUCGUGUUUCAAUGAUCGCAAGGAUCAACUCAUAUUUUUGAUUAAUAAUUAUGACAUGAUGUUGUCAGUCAUAAUAGAGCGCACAACUGAUGAAUCUAAAGAAUCUGACAGCUUUCAACAUCUUCUCAACUCAAGUACACAAGAGUACAUUGAGGAAGUAUUGUCAUCUCAUUUUUUAACUUUAAUAACUUUCAUAAAACAAGUUGAACCUCUUUCGGAUUCUAGUCAAAUGGAUUUGCUCAAGAAAGCAGAACAUAGAGUGAUGCCUCUCGUAAGAUCUUUCACAAAGAACUGGAAAACCUCUAUUCAAAGUAUAAACCAAGAAGUGAUGAAUUCUUUCACUAACUUCAAGAAUGGUACUUCAAUUUUGCAAGCUGCGUUGACUCAAUUAAUUCAAUAUUAUCAUCGUUUUCAAAAAAUCCUCUCACAUCAAGCUUUCAAAUCGCUUCCAACAAGGGCUGAAAUGGUUAAUAUUCACCAUGUUAUGGUUGAAGUGAAAAAGUAUAAACCAAACUUCUAACCUACCAAAUAUUUAAUAGAUAAAAUAUGGUGUAUAAAUUAUUAGUAAUAGAUCAUUUAAAAUUCAUACUGCCUUCUCAAAUUUAAACUCAUCAUUAAAUUAUUUCCUAUCUAUUGGUAUAUGGCUGCGUUUCUUAAAACUUUUUUGCCCCGGAACAUCUACGCUUUUUAUCUCGCCUCGCGGAACACCAAGAAAUUAGAAGGUAAAAUUGAUGGGUGGUUUCCAAAAAAUUUAUCCCAUGGUAAAGUCAAAACUUUUGCUGUAAAGUUGAUAAUUAAAAAAUUAAAUGAUUGGCACGAGGCCUGUCUGCCUGUUGGAGACGAAUUUAGGACCCAUUGUUGCUGAAGUACUACUGGGUUCGCCAUGGCGACUAAUUAUAAUUUAGUCAUUAUUUCGAUCACUGUUCCGCGGAAUGAUUCGAAGGAGCUUGCGGAACUGCAGUGUUCCGAAGAAAACAUUUUGAGAAAUGCUGUUUUAUAGAGUAAUGAAUGUUAUCAGAGAAUAUUGUUUUGAAUACAAAUAAAUGGUAUUUUUUACUGUUAUUGUUUUAUGUGGUUUUGCUGCAUAAGAACUUUUCAUCUGUUCAAAUGAUAAAUGGAUUGUUAAAUAAUUUGAUUUAUUUUUCACAAUAUCAGGCCAAUGCGUCAAAUACAAGUCACUGGUAUCUUAAUAAUAAUAAUAUUUAAAUGAAUAUCUUGAAAUAUGAAAAAAAAGUAUCAAGUGUAUCGAAAUCAUACACGUAGCUGUAAGUUCCAUAUUUUUUAUUUUACUAAUACUGUUUAUAUGUAGUGUGAAAAUUUGUUGUUGAAAUUUUUUCUCCAUAAAUGAUAGUUAGUUAGCAAUUCCUCAUAUAUUCAUUUUCAAAAUCAGGCCUAUUCAAUUGUGAGAGAUUUCAAAAUAGGUCUCAUUGCAAUACCAUUGUGCAAUAUAACUAUCCAGUGGCUAGUAGUGUAUUAAAACCAUGUAUCUGAUAUGGUGAAAUGCUUGGAAAGCAUAGGCAGGCAUUUGAAAGUCAUUGUCCCUUAUAUGUUUCAUUUGUGUAUUGCGCCGUUGUCUUUUUAGUGUUUGUGGCAAAAAUGGAUAUAUUAUCUAAUUGUUAUAUAUUUUAUCUAUAUGUAGA